AUGCCUCUGAAGAGAACUCCCCCUCCGUCCGUAUCCCCGCUACGCGGUGAGGCUGAGCCGGACGUGGCGGCUCCUCCAUCGAGUCGCCCAGAAAGUAAGGGCGUCACACUAAGACAGAAACGCCCUCGAGAAGAGAUUACUAUGGGUGAUUUCAUGGACAGUAUGAAAUCUAUGUUCAAGGACUUCAAGGACGAGCAAAAUCGUAAGUUUGACUCACUGCAAGGUUCAAUAGCGGAGUACAGAGACCAACAGGAAAAAAGGCUAGAUUGUCUACAAAAUAAGUUGGAUGAAAUUUGCAAACAAAACGAGGACAUACGCAAUUCUAUUGAGUUUCUCUCGCAGGAAAACUCCGAACUUAAGUCAAAGGUCAAUAAAAUGGAAAGUGAACGAAAGGAGGACAGUGCUUACGUUAGACUCCUGGAAACCAAAAUAGACAAUCUAGAAAGACAAAAUAGGUCAGCAAGUAUUGAAAUCCGUAAUAUCCCGGUACCUAAAUCUGAGACGAAGGAAGACUUAAUGAACGUUCUUCAGAAAAUUUCAAAGGCCUUGAAGGUCGAUCUGGCUGCUUCAGACGUCUCUGAUAUCUUCAGGGUCAGUACCAAGGUCCUAACAAACAAACCUAUAGUCUGCAACUUAAAUAGUGUACUCCUGAAAGAGAGGCUUUUGAAGGGCCUUAAGGACUUUAACAAUACCCACAAAGCAAACAGAUUCAGCACCGAACACAUCAACAUUCAAGGGACCUCACAACCUAUCUUCAUCUCAGAAAAUUUGACACCAAAAAUGAGAAGACUUUUCUUUCUUGCAAGAAGUUUUGCUGGCUCCAGUGGUUACUCGUUUUGCUGGAUCUCGCGUGGACAAAUAUACCUAAGAAAAAAGGAGGGUGAAAAAACCAUACGAAUCGACUCUGAAGCAGAUCUGAGUGGCCUGGAGAAGACCACCUGA